ACAAGUCUUACUGGUAUCGUCGUUUCCAUAAACGACUGAAGGCAGUUGUGCCAGAUAAAAAUCGAGUGGAAAAGUGAACCCUCUUCGCAUGACACCCUCCCGUGAACCAUCUGCUAUACUCGCGCCUCUCUUCUCAUCACAUAGAACAUCGACUCCCAAGGCUCUGCAACUCGAGCUGUAGCCUGAGUCACUCCUGUGAACCCUCUGCAAGUGUCCUCAUCCCUCUGCAGGUCUCUGCUCGUGAACCCUCACGAACCCUUCUGAAGCUCGAAAUGCUCCACUACAGUUCUGCAACUUGAUUGUAGAUCUUGAAGCCUCUGCAACUCGUCGAAGGAGACGCUUGAAGUGCGACAGCAGGUUUGCAAGUUCGAAGCUUGGGUCUCCUCUUCCCGCUCUGCAAUAUUCUACAAGGUACGCCCCUGCGAUUCCGACGAACCCCUUCACUUCCCAAGAACUAUUGAACCCUAAUUUUUUUUCCAUUCCUACCGUGUGCGCGAAGCACCCUAACCUGUCAGCUCUUGAACAUGUCUCUGGAGAUUUGGACGAUCGAGGUUGCAUUCCAUCAUCUUGGGCUGCAGAUUUGGAAGAUCGAUCUUGUGAUUUGGUUAUUUGCUUGAAGAACGAGAGUAAUGAGUACUAGAAGAAUCCCUACCCCUACUUCAUUCCACUACUACCUGGAAUGCUGCUGAGCUACAAGCAUUCAUCAACUUAAUGGUUAAGAAUGUGAGGAAUGGUCAGAAGACCAACUCAACGUUCACAAAGGUGGCAGGGGAUAAUAUAAAAAAGGGAAUGGAAGCCGAAUUUAAUCGACCUUUUGGGAAGGAGCAACUCCGUAAUAAGAUAAACAAAUUACGGGGUGACUACAAUAGCUUCAAGGGUUUGUUGGAAACAACGGGAUUUGGCUGGGAUUCAAAUACCAGGACUACUACUGCUGAAGAUUCUGUGUGGGAGGGUGCUAUUAAGGUAUAACACACUUUUUGGUGUAUAGUUGGAUGAUUAUGCCUUCAUUUUGGAUUAAGGCAAACCCAGCAUGGACUAAAUAUAGAAGGCAUGGUCUUCCAUGGUGGCCAGAGUUAGAGAUCUUCUCCAACUCAAGUGCUUGUGGGGAUAGAGGUCUUUCGCAGUCCACUGCUGCUACUCCAAGGACCACCAACCUGGGACUUGAUCAAGAUGACCUUGAGGAUACUGAUGUUGAUGAAGAGGUCAACCCAACUGCACCCAAGAGGAGACUUGAUAGGAAGCCUACAGAUCGUAGGAAGAAGAGCCAAUCAAGGUCCAUUACCAACUCUGCCAUGGACUUCAGGAAAUUUGUGGCUUGGAGAAUGGAGAAGGGUGCAUCCACUGCUGAUUCCGCAACAGUCAGACCUGCUGAUCCUUUGAUGGAUGGACCAAAUAGCGUAAUCAGUUGCCAGAAACUGUUGGACACUCUAAAAGAUAUUCCAAAAGAAUUGUAUGUGAUGGCUCAGCAGAAAAUACACAGUGAUGCUGCUUGCGAUUGUCAUUCAUGGAAGUGAUUCCGGAGAGGAGGAUGUGGAUGAUAAAGCACUUGAAGUAGUGCCUUUUAUUUUACUCGGCUUUCUGGACAAUGGGUUCAAGAUUUUUUUUUUUUUUGGACGAUUGUUUAAUGUUUUUAUGUUUAAUGACUUUUUCAGUACUCGUUCUUUGUGCCAACUCUGCUCGUGGUUGUUUGAAUGAAUUGCCUUUUACUUUCA